AACUAUUAAAACACAAGUGUUCAAGUAUCUAAAUACUUAUAAGAUGUAUUUUAAAAAAUAAAGAUAAAUAAAAGAGUGCCGGUAGUACUUAGUAUCAUUGCCGGCUACCAAUGUUGUUACGGUUUUUGUUAUUGUUUCACAUAAAAAACUUAUUCGAUGGAGCUUAAUAACAAUAAUAAUAAAAACAAUAUAAACUAUUAUUUGCGAUGAUAAUCGCAACAAAAUUAAUAAUCAGUAUAAUGAGUACAUGGAAAUUGAUACAGCGACGCUGUUACGAUCUCCUUUCCCAUAAAUCAUCAUUGCUUAUUAUUCUAAUUGCAUUUACAUGCAUCUUUGUCGGUACUGUUCACUUUGGAGAGGUAUGGCUCGCCUGGAGUAAGGAAAAAUAUCAAGCAGUUUUCCACUCUUUCAAUGACAAUAUAAUUGGCACUUCAUUUCAAAAUAAAUUGUGCCAACAUGUGCCUAUUGAUGUUGUUUAUACAUGGGUGAAUGGUAGUGAUCCAAAAUUUAUUGAAGACUUGCAUAAAUAUGUGCCAGUUAGUGAUAUAAAUGCAGCCGUAUCAAGAUUUAAUGAUAAAGAUGAGUUGAGGUAUUCAUUAAGAUCUUUAGAAAUGUAUGCGCCAUGGGUAAGACAUGUUUAUAUUAUUACCAAUGGACAAAUACCCAAUUGGCUCGACAUGGAUAAUGAAAGAAUGACUCUUAUUAGUCAUGAUGAUAUAUUUCCAAAUAAAAAUAAUCUACCUACAUUUUCAAGUCCUGCUAUUGAAAGUCAUAUUCAUAGGAUACCAGGAAUUUCAGAUAAAUUUUUGUAUUUCAACGAUGAUGUGUUUCUGGGUACAGAAGUUUGGCCUGAAGAUUUUAUAACCCAAACUGGGGGACAAAAAGUAUAUUUAGCAUGGUGGAUACCCGAUUGUUCAGAUAUUUGCCCUUGGGCAUGGGUUGGAGAUGGUUCUUGUGAUCCUGCUUGUAACACAACAGUUUGCGAGUUUGAUGGUGGAGAUUGUAAUGCAACACCAAUACCAACAAAUAGUGAAAUGAUGGAAGAAGAUGGUGACUAUCCAUACAAACUUCUUCAAAUGAAUCAUGAUAAAGAAUCAGCUAAAUUUUUUGACACAUUCAAACAAAAAAAUCAAAAUCCAAUCAAUAAUAUACUUAAUAUUUCUUCAUUAAACAUAUAUUCUUCCACUAUUUCUUCUUUUCCAUCUUCGUCUCUGUCUUCAUCUUCUUCGUCAUAUUUUUUGACUUUAAAUACUGGGAAGAAUAAUGAAAAUUCAAUUGAUGAUAUUAUUAAAUUACUUAAAGAUAAGCAUAAUCAUAUAAAUAAUACUCAAGAUAACGAAUUAAUUCUUUCAAAAAAUAAUUUUAAAAUAAACAAAACCGUUCAACUAAAUGGAGAUAAGAAAAAGCUACCAACAUCCACUGAAAUAAUAGGAUUUAAAUAUGAAUUUGCGCAUCCAAUGAAUCGCCGCAAGCAGCAAAAUCGUAAUGACGAUAUUAUUAAUCUUGUACAUAUAAGUGACUCAGAUAAAUCAGAAAAUAAUAAUAACAACGAUAAUAAUAAUAAUGAUAAUAUUUAUUAUAACAAUAAUAAUAAAAAUAACAAUAAAUAUCCAAAUCAUUUGAAACGCAAAAUACGUCGAUUAGAUACUUAUGCAGAGUCUCUAUUGUAUGUCAAUAGAAUAUAUAAUGCAGCUUAUGGAUUUGAACGUCGUCGUGUGCCCGCUCAUAUGCCGCAUUUACUUGACAAACAAAUAAUAAUAGAUAUGCACGAUAAAUUCAAAUUUGAAUUUGAAAAAACAUCAUCACAUCGUGUCAGAAAUUCUCAAGAUAUGCAGUUUGCAUUUUCAUAUUUUUAUUAUCUAAUUAGUGAAAAACAGCAAUCAACAGCUGGUGAAAUAUUUGAUAAAUUUGAUACUGAUAAAUCAGGGACAUGGUCGGAUCGCGAAAUAAGAACUUUGUUAUCACGAAUAAAUCCGCUACCUUUGGAUUAUAGUCUUGUUGUAGAUUUUGAAAAUUCAAUAACGAAUUGUUCGCGUCGUAUUAAAUUAAAUAAUUAUGAAAAAAUAGAGCCACCUUCUGGUGAACGUUACCUUGAUUCUAUAUUACCUACGGUAACAAGAGAAUUAAUAAUUAAAUGUGACGCUAUUGCUAAUAAAAUAAAACAACAUUUUGGAAUUAAAAAUCGUUAUCAACAUGAAAUUUUAAAAGCUGGUAAAAAUGAAAUAUUUGAAAUGCUAACGAGUAAUGUAUCACAGACUGUUCAAUUACUCGAUGAAAUACGACGAGAGCCGAAAAAAUUUAUUUGUCUCAAUGAUGAUAUGGAUCCGUCACGAAAAUCCGAAAACGAAAUAAUCCGAGCAUUAUUAAAUGAUUUUUAUCGCUCACUGUAUCCACUUAGAAGUAAUUUUGAAUUACCAGCUCAGUAUAGAAACAGAUUUUCACACCGGGAUGAAUUAUAUGAGUGGCGAGCUAGUCGUGCAAAAGCUAGAAAUAUUUUACUUUUACUAAUAUCAUUGCUAAUGUUUAUUACUAUAUAUCAUUUAUUCUACAAUCAAAUCAGACGAUUUUUACGCAACAGAUCUCUCCCGGCACUUCUUGUUUAAUUUUUUUUUCUUCAUUAUUCAAGUAACUCUUAAAAUUUUUUUAUAAUGGGUAUAUUCUAGUCAAUUAUUUAUUGUAAAUUUUAUUUUUAUUUUUAUAUAUUUUUAUCUAAUUGUUAAUAACAAUUUUUAAACUUGUAAUUAUUUUAUUAUUAUUUAUUAAGGACUCUACAAUAAACUAUGUAAUAA